AAUAAGAAAAAACACCAAAAUGGGUAAACAAAAUAGCAAACUAAAACCAGAGGUCUUAGAAGAUCUGAAGCAAAACACUGAGUUUUCAGAUGCCGAAAUACAGGAAUGGUACAAAGGAUUUUUAAAAGAUUGUCCAAGUGGACAUCUGUCUGUAGAGGAAUUUAAGAAAAUAUACGGGAAUUUCUUCCCGUACGGGGAUGCAAGUAAGUUCGCAGAACACGUGUUUCGAACGUUCGACGCGAACGGCGACGGCACGAUAGAUUUUCGGGAGUUCCUGUGUGCGCUGAGCGUGACGUCACGCGGCAAGCUCGAACAGAAGCUGAAGUGGGCCUUCUCCAUGUACGACCUCGACGGCAACGGGUACAUAUCCCGGCAGGAGAUGCUCGAGAUUGUUACUGCGAUCUACAAAAUGGUCGGAUCAGUGAUGAAGAUGCCGGAAGACGAGUCGACACCGGAAAAGAGGACGGACAAAAUAUUCCGGCAGAUGGACCGGAACAAGGACGGGAAGCUCUCCCUGGAGGAGUUCAUAGAGGGCGCCAAGAGUGACCCCUCAAUUGUCCGGCUGCUCCAGUGUGACCCACAGUCGCAGUGAUACCCUAAAUAUUAAUGUCUUUAUGAACCACUCUUAUCCACACGUCUAAGUAUGAACCUAUUGUAAUAUAUCACCCUUAUUACUGUGCUUGUAAGAGCUAGUGCGCGUUGUAAGCGUUGGUUGCACAAAUCAUCCAUUAUGGACGUACGUCUUGAUGCUUGAUGCUUGAUCGGAUUGUUAUGAGUUUGUGUAAUGGCCGAGUGUUGUAUUUGAACGAAAUGUUUAUAAUCCCAAUGUGUUUAUCCGUAUUUUUUUUUUAUUUGUGUACGUCAAAAUUAAUGUUAAACUUUUGUUUGUCAACGAUCGUGAUAUCGGGCUGUGAAAAGAUUAGUGUAAAAUUUUAUUAAACGGCACGUUGUUUAUUUCGAGACGUUAAACCUUACACUCACGAUCGCGUUGAUGUAAUAUUGGAUUGUUAUGAGAUCUGAUUGUUUUGUGUUUUAAAUUAUGAAUCUUAUGAAUAAAUAUAUAUAUACAAGACCAGUACGGUUAACAUAGUGAUUUGAACGAAUAUAAUGUAAUUGCAAAUAUGUAAAUUCUAGAUUAUAACUAUGUUAACAUCUUAAAUGUUAGCAAUCUUAAAUGUUAGCAAUUAGAUGAUGCAUAUUUGAUUAAUGAAUCUGUAUAAGCGCUGGUCUGUGUAAAAUAUUUAUCGGAUGUAAUUAUUUGAGCGAAUCAAGCAUCAGGACAAUGUGUGCGGCCAUGUUGUUUAUAGUGUUUAAAUAUCUUCCCCGUAUCUAGGUAGGUAAUACACACCGUUUCUACCCAUCGCGGUAUCUGCUUCCGUAUAAGCGGGCUGCUGGCCUCUAUUCCAAUAGUUUGUAAAAUGUGUAUUGUCUAACCAUUUUAGACUUUAAUAUUAGCUUAUUUUUUAUAGUAAUUUAAAACGUCGUACCUAUUACAGAAGGUUGCCUUUACCAUCAGUCUCGAUUAUUUAACGCAUUAGGUUAGUGAGUUCGAAGCGAAUUAGCAACAACACGCUAAACAGAUCCGUUUUUUUUUUUGUAGAACAAAGUCUUUCCAGUAACGUUAUGUAUUUUAUUAAAUAAUAUGUAUGGACGUACCAGUGAAAUGAUUGUUUAGAAUAUCUUCCAUAUUCGAUAGUGCAUAUAUUGCAAUGCUGGAUUGUUUCGCUUCCAUUAAGGAUCCUAGCCCGGCCUCAGCCCGCUUGUAUCGCAUCCAAUGUUUUAUUAUACUGACUUGUAUCUCUGUAAUAAUGUACCUUUGCAUGAAAUGUUCGAAUUUGAUAUAUCAAUUGUCACGUGGGUGUGAUAUGGGAUUGUAGGAAUCACUGGCUCGUAUGUGACCGUAUUGAUACUGAUUCAAAUUAUCUCGUAAUGCAACCAUUGAUCUUACAUUUUAAAUUAUAUAUGUGUCUAUGGACCUUAUACUUUAGAUAGUCUCAUUCAAUAGACAAGUUAGCGUAGUACAGCUGUGCUCUUCUAUUUCCGCUCUAUAACUAUGUGAUGUACGAUUUUUUAAAUUGAACUGUAUCAUCAUGUGCUUAGUGCCUAAUGUACAUUGCAAUGAGUUUUUUUAAACUCGCUGCUGCUCAAAAUAAUUAUAUCAUUGAUAACAUUCGUCCUGCCAAGGCUACAAUAGUGUUGAAGUUUAUGAUAUACAGUAAAAAUGUUCAAAUAAAUAUUCAUGCAAGCUUAAGUAUCCCAUGGCAGAAACGUGUUUUUACAGUUUUUGCUACAUUAAAUUGCAUUUGCAAUAUCCAUUUUUUUAAAUAAUAUACAAAUAAAGCUUUGAUAAACAGGUCGUUGUCCCCGCAAUUUUGUAUUUGGAAUUGUUAAUGUAUUAGUUUGCAUAAGUUGACAUGUAGAUGUCGCUGUUUGUGAAGGCGGCGCAUGCGCGGACGGGCACUGGGCAUAUGUAUUGUGAAGACAGAUUGGUUGUGCCGCUGUCUUGGCACUGCUAGCUCCCAAAUCCAUGCUAGUCACGUGCACCUGUGCACGAUCAUGUACAAAACUUCAUACAUACCUUAAUUUUAUUAUAUAACCCGUUUAUGUAUUGUAUUUACGCUAGCAUUGUAAAGACAGCAUAUACAUAGCACAAUUAUGAAGACAAUUUACGCAACAAACGAUACUGACAAAUAUGAUAAUAUACAAAUAUAUUAAUUUAUAUUAUUAAAAAAAAAUAUUUAUGCUGAUCUAUUCGCGUAGCUGAUAUUAUUAAGGUUUAGUUUUAAUGAAUGAGGAAAAAAAAAAACAAAAAAAUAACCAUAAUUUUAGUCCUGAGUCAGCCUAAGUAUUAUUCGAUUAUUUUAUUAUAAAAUGAUUUGUAAGGGAUUUUAAGUACGGUUUAGUAUAAAAUGUAAUAUUUGGCGGUAGUCAGGACUUGCAGUAUUCGACGGUUUACAAUAGAUUCCGCGCGUAGCCGUGUUGGGGCCGCCGCAGCGAGCGAGGUACGGGCAUGGUUCGAAAAAAGCGCGUCGACUCGAUUCCACUUUCACUACGAUUGUGUAAAUUCGAUUUUGACUCUAAUCUUUAAGCUUCCUUAAUUUUAUAACGAACAAAGGACGUUUGCGUCCACAUAGUUAAGCCAAGAAUAGUUUUAGUUUCAACCAUGCGGUCGCUUUGAGUAUUAUACAAAAUAAAAGCGACUGAACGAUUUAACACUUUUAAAUUUAUACUCAUUUUGUUAGCUUUUAAUUUUUGGUCGAUAUCGAAGACUAUUCGAUAUAACUAUAGUAUCGAUAAAAUAUCGCAACCUGUACGCUUCCUGCAAACGCCCCUUACGAUUCGCUUAGAUGCUUUGACUGAACUAAUCUUCCCGUUAAAAUGUCGCCUUUGAUUAACCACAUUUAUACUUAUCGAUUUUAAGAUAUAUUAAGGUAUAUUGGAACAUUGUUUGUAAUAAUUUUUAACUAUUUAUACGGCAUCAAUAUAACAUUUAUUGACUCUCGUACAAUAUAUUACGUGUAUAAAUAUACUGCUAGCUUUGUGGUGUCGUUGGUUGACUAUAAUAAGGUUCUAUUUUACUAUAUGACUUGCUAAGAAUUCUUCGACAUACGUACAAUCUAUUAAUGUAGAAUCUCGUUGAUGUCAUGUCAUAUUGCAAGUAACAUGGAACCUUUUCAUACUCGGCCACGGAUCAGUAAAUUUACCGCACACUAUUUGCAAAUGCAUCAUGUUCGUAUAUUGUUUAUAUUAACGAUACACGUGCGGAUCUUUUGAGUUUAAUUUUAAUUCAAUAUAAACAGAUUUUCAAAUAUGUCAUUAAUUUGAAAUUAUAACGGUAAUUUUAGGCAUGACUAUUAUGAUUUAUUUUUUAAAUGUUGACACAGAAAAUCAAUGUUAUUACUGAUCGACACAUAUUGUAGUAUUGAUGUUUCAAAUGAUUGUUGUGGCUAUAACCGAUUCUUCCAUCGACUAUACGUCUUCAUACUUGGCACGGCUAGAUUCGCGUGUUGUUUGCAAGCAGUGGUUCGUGUAACAGUAUAUUUCGUGCGCAGUACUAUCCAUAUAAUCUCGAAACAUGUUGUAUUUCAAUGUAAUUUUUAACUAACGCAUUCAAGUGUUUUGCAUAAAAUUAUUUUACACUAAGCUUUUUUUUACUAAUACUAAUAUUAUAUUUGUAAGCACGCUAUGACUUCAUUCACUAUUUUAAUUUUACUUAAUGGCUUUAUAUCAUUGUAUUAUGGAUGAAUCCUCAAUUUUUUUAUUAUAAAAUAUAAAAAUAAUUUAUCGAUAUUUUAUUUCGCUUCACUAUUUUAGCUUGGUUGUUUAAUGUACGGAAUAUUUAAUCAAAUGCACAAUCAUCUCCAUAUUUCGCACAAUUCAUUCGUCGUAUCGCUUCAGUGUUUUGGCAUUAUGGUAUUUAUUGUGGAAUUGACGAACUUGAUACGUCGUUUUUCUGAGUACAAGUUACAUUUUAUGGUAGAUUUUAUUAUAGUCGCUGUAUAUUUUUAGUGUUUGUGAUGUGAAAAUUCCAUCGAUAAUUAUUAUCUUUAACAUAUACGAAACCUGGGUUUAUACAUUUUUAGCUGUGUCCGUGUGUCAUACUGGACGUAUGUUUCGCGAGUCAGUGCCGCGAACAAAAAUUUACAGUGUUAUUGGUAGGGUUCAUAUUGCCUUGGUCGCGCACGGUAUCACAGUAAUGUGCGGUCUGAUUAAUUAACAUAACAUAGUUCAGAUUACAUGCUUAGACUCGCGGAAUUGCGCACGCGCCUGUUCUUAGACGGUGUGGACGCGGUAGUCGACGUGCAUGGUUUGUGUCAGUUUGACAAUGCCAUUUUGGAAUAUUUGUAGGUAUUACAAUUAUACCCUUAACCGUAAUAGUUUUAAGUGUUCACCUAAUUAUAAUUUUGUCCCUUUUAUCCUAAUUUGAAUAAGAGACGAAGGACAAGACCUUGAUUAGCUAAACACUAAAUAUAUGUAUAGGUAAGGGAAUUAAUAACUAGACACGAACAUGAGAUAUAUAUAAGGUAAUUACUGACACGUUAUUGUUUAAUUCGCGAUACGGAAAGAAGUAACUGCAAUUUACAAUAUAGAUAGAUACUGCCAAACUGGCCUCAUGUGAAUAGAGUACAAAUCUAUUAAUUUUUACAUGAGACGAAACAUAACCUCCGACAAAUAAAACAAUCAUUUAGGUCGUGGAUGGAAUUUUAUAGAUUUUUGAAUAAUGUUGAACCUGUUUAAAUUUCCUUUUACUUAAGGUCCUUAGUUGACUCUCGUAGGCAAUACUUAACAUCGACUUCUAGGCUUAAAGUUCACAACGAUCUAAAUUCUAAAGCAUCAUACAUAGUGCAGUAGCUUCAUAGUUAUGUUAUAUUAUCUUAAUUUCCUUUUUUGAUAAAUUUAUAUUAUUAUUGUUGUGUAUUAAUAAUUCGAUGUAAAUUCAUGUUACAUAUCGCUAUACUACAAUGCUUUGAAUAUUUAUUAAAUGUUGUGGUCUAAAUUUUCUGCAAUAAUUCAUGAUCUAAAUUACCUUUAAAAGAAAUUGAAUAUUUUAAUAAAUCGUUUUGAGAUUAUUAUAAAUGUUAGAUGUUUGUCAAUUUUUUAUGAUGUAGACCUUUUGUGGUGGCGAGUCAUUGCGUAGCGCUAAUGACUCGACCACAGUUCUUCAGUGUCGAAUUCGGCCGAACAAUUAUAUUAACUGGCAUAUUCGUUUCGCGUUACUGUAUCUUUACCUAGCAGUUUCAACAGGUGCCAGUGUUCACGGCCGAAUUUGACUGACGACAAUAAUGUAGGUAAUUACACCAAUAUAUUUCUCGAUGUUUCUAAAUGCAUUUAUAAUCUGUGACUUCUACUUGGAAACUUUGGCUUGGCAUCGCAAAGCUAUGUAUACAUAAUGCUACACGCGUACGCAACGCACGUGAGCAAUAUUAUGUAGGCACAGUUAGAAACAGGCUCGGAAACCGAGAAAUUGUUUUGGCCACAGUACACAGGGAUCUUUUCUUGUCCUUUCGACAGCUGUUGGAGCGAUUUCGGAAUAUUAAAAUGAUUUCCUCCUAUAUCCGGUGCAACGGGUUAUUGAUUUUCCUUUGAUGUGCUGUUGAUGAGAUGCAGUAACUGAUUUAAACCAGAUAUUUUUAUAACCGGUUCCGAGUUCUGGACAAAUGAAAAUUAUACGUGUUAUUACACUUCCGAUUUUCGUAAUGCCUUUUUCUUCAACUUAAUAGACAAAUAUUUGCGUACACUAUUUGAUGAUUAACGACGCGCAGGCGUUUUUCAAGAAAGAUUACCUGAGUAUCAGAGACACUAGGAUACAAAAUAUAUGAAAAUUUGUCAAUAAUUAGUUGAAUCGAUUAAAAUAUCAGAUUUGUGUGAAGAUCUCUGAACGUUUAAAUACCGACUUUCACGACGCAAUAGUUGUAAAAAAAACACAUUGUGCGCAUCAUAAGCGCGCAAGUUGCCAGACAACGUCGCAUCCAGUUAGGAGCGGCAACGUCGCCCAACCCCUAACCAAGUCGAGUUAUAAAAUACAACUUUGCGAAUGCUAUGGAUCCGUAAGAGAUUUUGUUAUGCUUUGUCAUGUCGCACAUCAACACAAAAAUGAUAGAAUUUCGUAUAGUUGCCGAGAAAUAUCUACACGAUAUACGGAAUCGAACCGUGUUUAAAUCUAAAAACCUAUUUUUUAUAUUUUGGUGAUGUGGAUACACCCAAAGACCUGUCUAGGUUACUAGAAUUCGCGGAAAAAGGAUUUUUAAUGCAUAGUCGGCACCACGUUGGCUUAGAGAGGCUUGUUAUAAUUACUUUUGCCAUAUCAAUGCCGGCACACAGACGCUUUUUAAAGCAUGCCACAGAAAUGAUAGCUUAGUUUUAGUGACAACUUGGUGUCUACGUUUUCUGGUAAUUACAUCCUGGAUAAAUUGUAUCAAAACUCAAAGGAUAGCGACGGUAUAGUAUAAAAGUAUUAGGUUUAUGGUUUAAAAUUGGUACUAUUGAAUUAUUUGAAUCCAUAUGAUUUGUUCAUACCGCUCUAUUGGUUUUUAUCGCAGAUCCCUCCUACAAACUUUAAGUCGUUUAUUUUACUGUCUUCCAUUGUGUUAAGCUGUAGGCGACUCAACUACUUUGUAUUUUGGCCCUCAUGAUAGACUAGGUUCGAUCUAUGUAAACUUCGGAGUAAAGUUAGAUAUCUGCAUCUAGUAAUUGCUAGCAUUAUUUGGUGCUAAUAUACAUAUUGGUAUAUAUCGCUUGGAAACAUUUAGUUGUGCGCAUGAGACUUUCUUAGAUAUCGUUGAAAUUAUAUUAUUGCAUCUUGAAAUUCGCUAUUACCCACUUGUGCUUUGCAUUAAGUUUAUUGUAUUUAAAUGACAACACAAUAUAAUGGUGCAGAAAUGUUCUAUGAGAUUAAACCUUUGUUAGAUUAACGUUCCACAGUUUAACGUGGGUUCUAAAGCGUACCUGUGACGUUAAGCCGUGGCGGCAGCUUCAAUUAUUUUAAGUACCAACAACUAACAAUAUGUUUAGCAUAUUCAUUUAUUUUAAUUAAUAAAUACUAUACCUACUUACUUUAGAUCUAUAUUACAUGUAACCCAGGGUGCUAUUGACUCGCGUGCGUUCGGCACCGGUGAUCUAAUUAUGUAAGUAGUAAUUUAAACCUUCAAAUAAUACCUACUAUGGGAUACUUCGAUAUCAAUGGAUUGGCACCAAAUUGACUGUUUAUGUAAUGAAGAUAAGCAUAUCAGUGCAUACCGGACUCCAAUUGUUCGCCAUCUUGACUUUUCAUAAGAUUGUGCACGGUUCCUGGCUUUGUAAGGCUUCGAACACAACAAAAUAUACUUCUUGACACCAUAACCUAACCUGUCUUCAAUUAGGUGUACGAUAAUAAAGCAAAUGAGAAUUUCCGAAAUUGGCUUGCCAUUGAAUUAUCAAAGACAAUUUUGCUUUCAUAGGCUGUCUAAAAUGUUACAACCAAAGUACAAAAACAUUUGUAUUCCAUUAAGGGAUUCAUGAAAUUAUAGACUGCUGUUAUCAAUGCUUCGAGUUGUCAUGUUAAAAUUGCUGACAUAUAAAAUCUUGAUGUUUGUGAAAUAGUAAGUUUGACCUGGAGAUAAUUAUCAAUAGGGAUCGUAGAAUUAAUCCGAACACUAACUAGAAUAAAUCUGAAGAAACACAAAGGCCUCUUCUCUCACCGCAUUCCUCAAAGCACAUUACAUAUUCAAAUUGUCAAACUGAUAAUCACUAUUCGCUAAUAGGAAAGGACCAAAUAAAUAAACAUUGAGCGAUCAAAUCGUUGCAACAACCCUUAAUCUUGAACAAACAGCGAACGUAUAACAUUCGCGGAUAUUUCUAAAUAUUUCGGACCAAAGCGUAUCAUCUGUUGGUUGUACUUACAGAGUACACAUUACCAGUGGUAUUGCGAUCGGGCUUGUCUCGCCUACACUUCUUAGUCUAACGUUGUGUACUACAUAUCAAUAUGCUUAUAUGUCACGUUUUCGAUGUUAAUCUAGUUUUCUUAUCAUCGCUUCUCGAACUGUUGGAGUUUAUGUGAUCGGUAUUUAAAUAAUACACUUCUUUAUUAAUAGCACCCUGCUAUUUAUUGUAAACAGUAACAUAAAUGUUCAAUCUGUGGCUACGAAUUUUGACUAUUUAUCGUUAUGUAUGUAGUCAAUUUGUGAUUCCUAACAUCGUUUUCUUUGAAAAUUUACCUUCUAGUUCUGAUACUCUGUUUUAGAAUAAAAUUAUAUCUAUUUAUUAAAUCUUUCUUCUCUCAAUAAA